AUAAUAAUAGUCAAGAUGAAAUGGAUGCCAUUCAAAUGAUGAAAGACAAGAUGCAAGAAUACGAAGGUGGAAGUAAAACAAAAAUGAUUUACAGAAAUCUUGGAAAUACGGGACUGCGUGUCUCAGUUCUCAGUUUAGGUACAGAUGUCACUUUCGGGAAUCAAAUACCAGAUGAGAUGGCUGAGAAAAUUGUCACCACCGCUUAUAAUAAUGGAAUAAAUAUCUUUGAAACUGGAGAAGCAUAUUCAGAUGGAGAAGCAGAGAGAACAUUGGGACGUAUUCUGAGUACGAAGAAUUGGAGACGAUCCAGUUACAUUGUUUGCUGCAGACUGUCGAAAAGUGGAGAUGCUCAAACAGAACAAGGACUAUCCAGGAAGCAUCUUUUCGAAGGUCUUCGUUCUUCAUUAGAAAGACUUCAACUUGAAUAUGUAGAUAUUGUAAUUGUAACACGUCAAAAAGACUCAUCGAUUCCAGUUGAAGAAGUUGUCAGAACUUGUACACAUCUUAUACAUCUUGGAUGGACAUUCUACUGGGGGACAUCUGAAUGGUUACCGUCUGAAAUUAUGCAAGCUCAAACUAUCGCCAGACAAUUCAAUCUAAUCCCUCCAUCCGUCGAUCAAAAUGAACUGAAUCUGUUGAAUAGAGGUCAAUUACAAAAUAUGCGAGAAGUUUGUGUCAAAUUAAAUAUUGGUGUCAUGACUGGAUCUCCACUUGCCGGUGGAAUUCUAACUGGAAAAUACCUCGACAUUAUUCCGAAUUUCUCAAGAGCUACAUUGAAGGGUCAACAGCAUAUGCGAGAUAAACUUCUCAGUACAGAGGGUUUAACACAAAGGGAACAAGUUAAGCAGCUGUGCAAGAUAGCCAGUCGAAUUGAAUGUACCUGUGCACAACUGGCUAUUGCUUGGUGCCUUCGGUGUCCACAUGUUAGCAGUGUUGUAAUUGGAGCGGCAACAGUUGAUCAGUUGCAAGAGAACAUAAUGUCGAUCAUGAUAUACCCAAACUUAACGCCCAGUAUACUUUCUGAAUUGAAUUCUCUACUCACCAUAACAGAUUCCAAUGAUAAUUUUCUCUAAA